CGAGCACGGACAUUAUCCACGCGGGAGAUUUCACCAUCGUCGUCCACCGUCGAGAGUCGCGAAGAAGGAGAUUGUGGGUGCGCGCGUGUGCCCAUUUCCGUUGCUGGGCGCGAGAACAAGGUUCACGCGAACUUCCAUUACGCCGCCGGAGACGACGGCGAAUUAUGGGGAGCACGGGUCGAGCAAUCUUAUCCCUCUCUCUCUCCUCCAACCUCCUCCGUCCGUCUCGCCUCUCCUCCGCCAGGCGCCUCAUCAGACUGUCACCACCCGCGGCGACGGCGUCGCUGGCGAGGCUCAAGCUCAGGUCCAUGUGCUACGCCGCCGCCGCCGAGGCGCCGGCGAGCAUGGAGUCGGACGCGGCGAUGCAGCCCAUGAAGCACACGAUACUUCUCGAGAGGCUGAGGCUGAGGCACUUGAAGGACGCUCCAAAGCCACAGCAGAGUGGUACCCCAGAAACCAAAAGCAGGAGUGGAAUGACGAGGAGCCCAAAGGAAGAAGCUUUUGAGGUGAAGGGGGAGAAGAAGAAGAAGGCGGCGAUGGUGGGGAGUUUCGAGGAGCUGGGGCUGAGCGAGGAGGUGAUGGGGGCUGUGAGAGAGCUUGCGAUUGAAGUCCCCACUGAGAUUCAGUGCUUGGGGAUUCCUGCCGUUUUGGACAGAAAGUGUGUGGUUUUGGGCUCUCACACUGGCUCUGGCAAAACUCUUGCUUACUUGUUGCCUCUUGUUCAGUUGCUGAGAAGGGAUGAGGAACUUUAUGGGAAGUUGAUGAAGCCUCGGCGACCUCGAGCGGUGGUUCUUUGCCCCACUCGCGAGCUAUCUGAGCAGGUCUUCCGAGUGGCCAAGUCUAUAAGCCAUCAUGCGCGAUUCAGGUGCACUAUGGUGAGUGGUGGUGGACGGAUAAGGCCGCAAGAAGAUUCCUUGAAUAACCCGAUCGACAUGGUAGUGGGUACUCCUGGCAGGCUUCUCCAGCACGUCGAAGAAGGGAACUUGGUGUACGGUGACCUUAAGUACUUGGUUUUGGAUGAAGCAGAUACUAUGUUUGAUCGUGGCUUUGGUCCUGACAUUCGUAAGUUCCUUGGUCCACUGAAAAAUCGAGCCCUAAAAUCGGAUGGCCUGAGAUUUCAGACUGUUUUGGUAACUGCCACAAUGACUAAGGCUGUGCAGAAGCUGGUUGAUGAAGAGUUUCAAGGAAUAGCACAUUUACGUACAUCUACACUGCAUAAGAAAAUUGCUUCUGCUCGCCAUGACUUCAUUAAAAUUUCGGGAUCUGAAAACAAGCUCGAAUCCUUGCUACAGGUUCUUGAGCCUAGCUUGGCAAAGGGAAACAAAGUGAUGGUGUUUUGUAAUACUCUGAAUUCUAGUCGUGCUGUGGAUCAUUUUCUCCAUGAAAACCAAAUCUCUACUGUCAACUACCACGGAGAAGUGCCGGCUGAGCAAAGAGUCGAAAAUUUGAAGAAAUUUAAGAAUGAAGAUGGAGAUUGCCCGACAUUGGUCUGCACAGAUUUGGCUGCUAGGGGACUGGAUUUGGAUGUAGAUCAUGUCAUCAUGUUUGAUUUCCCACUGAACUCUAUUGACUACCUUCAUCGCACUGGAAGAACUGCUCGAAUGGGUGCAAAAGGAAAAGUGACAAGCUUGAUUGCGAAAAAGGACCUUGCUUUGGCCACUCGAAUAGAAGAAGCAAUCAGGAAGAAUGAGAGCUUGGAAGCUCUUACUGUGGACAAUGUCCGCAGGGACAUAGCUAGGGCAAGAAUAAGCGAACACAAGGGGAAGAACACCAAAUCGAGUAAGGUAUCGGAUCAGAGAAACAAGGGCAAAUCAGCAGCCGCAAAAUCUUCUAAUUCUCGCACUAAGGCGGCAUCCUCGCAAGUUUCUGGAAGGACAACCGUUGGAACAAAAGCUGUGAAAACAUCAUCCUCGACCAAACCGUCAAGGGCAGUUAAGAUUUCAAAGGUGAUGAGGCCUUCCGCUGUUGGUAAGUCCGCCAAAACGUCCUCUUCUGGGAGGAAACAAACGCAAAGCAAAUCUGGCAAAUUAAGCGUAGUUGGGUUCAGGGGUCGGAAUUCUUCGUUGAGCAAGAAAGUUGUCGAUGCUUAACUGCUUUAAGGCACCCCCAAAAAUUGGAUCUGUAAAUUGAUUUAAGUUGUCCCCCUUUUUCCCUUUUUUCUUGAGAUUUGGUUUAAAAUCACAGGUCCUGG